AUUUUCCAUUUUGAUCAGAUAUUUUGUUUAAUGACGUCAAAAUUUUACGGGGAACCUGUGUGAUAUCCAGUAAUGGCUGACAAAUAGCGAUAAGAUUUCUACCUAAGUGUAUUUCAGAGAGGCAGUGUUCAACAUGUGUUUUACAUGGAUGCCUAUAGCUGUGUUGGUUAUAGCUGUCAUUGCCGGUUAUUUCUACUUCAACAAGCCGUCAGAUAUCUACCUCAGUCGACCUCUCAACUCAACAUAUGACUAUAUUAUUGUUGGAGCCGGUUCUGCAGGAGCAGUGGUAGCCAAUCGCCUGUCAGAAGACAAAGAUAAAUCGGUUCUAUUAAUAGAAGCAGGUGGUUCUGAAUUAGGAAUCCUAGAGUUUGAAAUCCCAGCAGGAUUUAUCGCCCUCCAGAGGAGUGAACGUGAUUGGGAGUAUUAUACAGAACCUCAAAAAUAUGCUUCACAGAGCAUGAGAGAAAAGAGGUCAUACUGGCCAAGAGGGAAAGUUCUUGGAGGAACUAGUAACCUUAACAACAUGGUCUAUGUCAGAGGUAGUCGCCAUGACUUUGAUCAGUGGGAAACAGAAGGCUGUACUGGAUGGAGUUAUAAAGAUGUUUUGCCCUAUUUUAUAAAAGCAGAGGACUUCAAAAUGGAGGAAUAUGCUGAUUCAGGUUACCAUGGUAAAGGAGGCUACCAGACUGUAUCAGAAAGUCAUGUGACAGAGUUAAGAGAUAUUUACAUGGCAGCAUCAGAAGAAGCAGGAUAUAAAACAGUUGAUUGUAAUGGCAAAGAUAUGAUUGGAUUUUGCAAGAUGCAGUCAUCAAUUAAGAAUGGACAGAGAUGGAGUACAGCUAAGGCCUAUCUCAGACCGGUCAUGGAAAGAGAGAAUUUACAUAUUAGUGUUAAUUCUAUCGUAACUAAGAUAAUAAUAGAGAAUAAAAAGGCUGUUGGUAUUGAAAUGAUAAAAGAUGGCAGGAAAAAAAGAAUUAUGGUGAAAAAGGAAGUGAUUGUAUCAGCAGGAAGUGUCAAUUCUCCUCAGUUACUGAUGCUUUCUGGAAUAGGUCCUAAACAACACUUACAACAGUUCAAGAUCCCAGUGCAUGCUGACCUUCCUGUAGGUUCUAACUUACAAGAUCACAUGUUCGUUGGUGUACCUAUAGAAGCUAAUGUAACUUAUGGUAUAGACAUUGACAAAGCUACCAGCAUCAAAACACUCCUACAAUAUUUUAUUUUUGGAAAAGGUUAUUUGACCUCCUCAGCUUUAGAAGCCACUUUGUACACACAUUCAUCCAAGGGAGAUAAAUCUUUCUAUCCAGACAUACAGCUGCAUUUUCUCAGUAUAAACUUUGAUCCAAAUAUGGCAAAGAAAUAUAAUCCAAACAACAUGGAUGACGAAUCAAUUGAAAACAUGAUUAAUGCUAAUAUUGAUGCAUCAAUGGUGAUAAUGCCCACAUUAAUUCAUCCAAAAAGUCGUGGAGAAAUUCGUCUUAAAAGUACCGACCCAUUUGAUCACCCUGCUAUAGAUCCUCACUACCUAGAACAGGAGGAGGAUGUGAAUGUUUUGAUAGAAGGUAUCAGGGUUACACAAAAAUUAAUCAAAACAAAGGAACUCCAGAAAUUUGGAGCAAAAGAAUCGAAUCUUGUUGUCCUAAAUCCUAAAUGUUCACAUACAGAAUAUGAUUCUGAUGCAUUCUGGGAGUGUGGUAUACGUAAUGCAGGUCAAACUGUUUAUCACCCCACAAGUACAUGUCGUAUGGGUGCUACCAAUGAUCCUACUGCAGUAGUUGACUCUCAGUUGAGGGUAAAAGGAAUAGCAGGCCUGAGAGUGGUAGAUGCAUCUGUCAUGAGGAAUAUUCCAUCAGGCAAUACCAAUGCUCCAUCCAUUAUGAUUGGGGAGAAGGCAUCAGAUAUGAUCAGAGGGAAGGAUACAGUGGCAGAUAUUAGAGCAAAGACAAAGAAUUUAUGAUAGAUAUUUUGUUUUAAUUACUUUUGAUAUAAAACAGCUGUAAAGAUCAAAGGUCUCGAUCAAAAAGGUUUUGGCAGUACUUAAAAGUAUAAAAUUUGUACUCGAAAUAACAAAUCCAGUAUUUUGAUUGGUUGAUUUCUGAACCUGAGUACCAUACUCGAAGGUUUUAUGACCACAAGGUCAUGACUUAUUUUGAUAGAAUAUAUGAGAAAACCACACAAAUCACAUUAGAUUAUACAUUAUACCUUAGAGUUGUGUUUGCACUGUUUUAAUAGUCCAGAGGGGUAUCAUGUUCAUGGUCUAUUGUUUCUUACCUGUGUCACUUCCUCACACAAUACAACAAUAAUCAGUUCAGACCGUUAACUACAAGACUUUUGAGGAACUACAAUUUUGAUUAUAAAAUAAGAUUUUUUUUAUUCAUCAAAUUAGAAAAAAGUGAAAUGUGAUGUUAUUUUAUAUUUAUAAUUUACAAAACAAAAAAUUACGCAUAUGUGCAAGAGUCCCCCAUUUUAAACCACUAUUAUAUUACAUUUCAUUGUAAACAACAAUUUUACACAAAUGAAAUUAGAAAAAAAACAGUUAUUUACUGCCACUAGAUGGUCAGAAGAAACUCUGUAUCAUAAUUGUAGAUUUAUUUAUAAUUUAUAAUCAAGUAAAUUUUUAUAAUUUGUUUUUACUUUAUUAAUUGAAUUUUAUAAUUUUACAUGCAUGUUUGUUUAUGAUGCUUGUCCUUGUUGAAUCAGAUGGAUGCUCAUCAAUGAUACUUUAUUUUUUUUACUAUUGUAUUUUGGUUGUAUAAAGCACAUUGUUGCCAUAUAAUGUUUGUUUUGCUAUUCUAGAGAAUAUUUAAAUGUUGUCUGUUAAUUUUUUACGAUGUGUUUAUAUUACCAGGAUGAUUUGUUAAUUCUUUGGGAGAAGAAUUUUUAAUAUUUAGAGGAAAUAUGUGAGGUAAAAUUAAGGAAUAACAGUACUGUAGUUGAAGAGUUGCCACCAUCAAUUGUAGAUUUGACGGUCGCAAAGGCAGUUUUACUGGUGACGCGUAGCGGAGACAGUAAAACGGAGAUUUGCGACAGUCAAAUCAAAAUUGACGGUGGCAACUCUUCAACUACAGUACUGUUAUUCCAAUUCUAAGAUUUUUGCGCAAAGACGUCAUUGCUAAACGUGACGUCAUACAAAUGAAAACUUACAAACUGGAGAUUAUUGCGUUACCUGAACGAUUCAAAUUCGGAUAAAAUUACAUUAAAACGGCGAAUUCGAGGUAGGUGUUGUUUUAUUUUCGAUCAUAUAGUAGUAAUCGAACAUUUGUUGAUUCAACAAUUCAAAAUGGCGGGUCCAUCCUUAGUUACGCCUGGUCAACUGUGGAUUUGACAGCAACUUUUAGCCAAUGAAAAAAAUUGUUACAUACAAAUUGCAUUAGAAUUUUGAUUUUUUGUAUAUUUUUUUCAUUUUUUACUGAUAAAUGGGCUUAAUUUUGUUAUUUUUGUAGUAAACCUUUAAGAUAUAGUCUAAGGUUAAAGUUUCAAUUCUGUUUUCUAACUUAACUUUGCCUCAAUCAAACAUAAUGAAACUUAAACAUACUACCGAUACUUAUUACCACAAUACUCAGAUCAAGUACAAAUUUGGGUAACGUCACAUUUACGUUCUUCUGUGAUUUCGCUUUAGAACUUCAUGUGAUAUUUAAGCAAGGGCAUCAUCUGUGUCCCAUGUAUACAUUCCCCAUUUAUUUAUAUGUUAUGUUUGUAUCAUAUUUUACAAAAAAUGUAUUUGUCUACCUUCACUCAGGAUUAUUAGAACAAUCUUUUUUCUUUAAUUUCUCUGGAUAUUUUUGUUUUUCAAUGAUUAUUCAGUGGAAAUAUUUAUUCCAUGCACAUGAAUUUGUAAAAGUUUCAAUUUAUGGUUAAUUAACCUAUUCAUGAGGUGUGAGAGCCUCUUAUUGGUAUAUUUAAUAAUGUUUUCUUUUUCUUAUUUUAGUUCUCUGACAGAACUUAGCUAUUGCUUUGAAUGUACUUCAUUAUCUGCUUUCAAAGAAAAUGAAAUCCGUUCUAUAUAUAUGGAGAGAGAGAGAGAGAGAUAGAGAGAGUGUUUUUAGAUGAUAUUUUUCCUCACUUUUGAAGAUAAUAUAUUGUUUCUGCUUGAAUAUAUAAUUAUGGUUAGAGCAUGCAACCAAAUUAAUUCGUGUUUGUGAUUAUGAUUUAGUAAACAAAAUGAGUAUAAUCUAAAGUGCGAGACAUUCUUGUACUAGCUAACCUAAUGUAAUAUCCUUAAUAGUAUGCUUAGUAUAGAAUACUAUUAAAUUGUAUGUUCAAUACCAUUGAUAAGUAUUAGUCGUCUCUGAUCAAAUCAAAAUAACUCACUGUUUCAUAGGCUACUUAAAAAAAAACAUUUGUUUAAAUCAAUAAUAAAGUUUUCCCUGGUACAACAUGUACAUAUUAUAACUUUUUCAAUAUCACACACACACACUAUCAACCCUCAACCAAUUUAAUCCCUAGAGCAGAGCGCAAUGAGAUUAUUUUUGUGUUCAAGGUUGAUAUGGGCAUUUAUACUAAGAGAAUCAUACAAUUUUCUCAAUGUUUAAACAUUUUAACUGAUAAAAAUUACCAUUGUACCUCAGAGCAAUAUCAUAUAUUUGGAGGGAUUUUACUUCCCAUUAUAAAGAUAAUAAUGCUCAUACAUUUGUUAACCUGAUUUUACCUCAUAACUUGUUUCACAUUCAAUAUAAAUGACAAAGAAAGCAGUACCUUACUAAUAGAUUAUUGUUGAUCAUCUAAACAGAUUGAUUUUCUUGCUUCAGCCAGGACGGCGAAAUUGAGAAAAGCAAUAAAGUUGAGAUGACAAAUGAUAAUCUGUUAAUCCCUAUUUUACCUAUGAUGACGUUGUUAGUUUCAUUGACAAUAGACACAUGUGAUCUUAGUUUCUAUCAAUAAUUUUGCAUAUCACUAUACUGUGCUGAGAAAGAAAAUUAUCAGUCAGUUAGAACAAAGAAAAAUUUCUUAAAACAGUACCAUUCAACUCAUUGUAACACUCCACAGAGCUUUAGGUGGAGUGUUAUUAUGUGUGUACAUGUUCUAUUACAGAUCAAUGAUUUAUUUCUAUGUGUAAAGAUACUACAGGUGUACUUGUAACUGUUGUGUUUAAAAUAAAAAAGAGCUUUUAUGUAGUAAUUUAGCUUUGUUACAGAUUUAUUGAAAACCAUUUCCAAAUUUAUUUAUUAGAACUAUGUGUAUAUUUAUAUGAAAAUAAAGUCUUAAAAAAUUG